AUGGCUAUUGCUAACGGAUCGAAUCAUGUCGUUGUGUUUCAAUCUGGUACAUAUAAUUUCACAUCAGCUAUUUCAAUAUACAAUGCUAUCAAUUUAACAGUUACGGGUCAAGGAAUGCAACAAACACUUUUAAUAGGAAAUUCGCCAGCAGCAAUGUUCAAACCUUUAAAUUGUCAAGGACUGACAAUCACCUUAUUGGCCAUCGAUUUUGAUCCACUUCCAUUCACUGCUGGUUAUGUUAUGAAUGUGAAUACAAGUUAUCUUGAUGUUCAAGUAGUAUCACCACAUAGAGCUGAUAUUGGUCGACAAGUUCACGCCAUUCUUCGAUAUAAUCCAGUAAUGAUGAGACCUGCCUUUGGUCCGAACACAUAUGAAAUCUAUCAGACACCACCUUCAAAUGCAAAUACUAGUUUAGUUUCAAAUGGCAUAUUACGCAUUCCAUUGGCUUUUCCUACAAAAUUUACUGUUGGAGAUCCUAUUGUAGCUCGCUAUAGUUCUGCAAGACAUGCUAUUGAUGCACAAGAUGUAACAGAUUUUAAUAUUCAGUCAAUAACAAUCUAUACUGCUUGGCUUAUGGGCGCAGUUACAUUACGAGCUAAACGUUUGAAUGUAAUUGACUAUCAUGUCAUACCACGUACUGGACGUUGGAUGAGUACACCUGUAGAUUGUAUGCACUUUGCAGACAGUCGAAACUACAUCAACAUAGUUGAUAGUAAAUGUGAAGCACAAGGUGAUGAUGGAUUGAAUGUACAUGCAUUUUAUUUCACUGUAGCACAAAUAGUCAACACAACCGCUUUGAUUAUUGAAGAGUUUAAUUGGCUUGAUGUACUUAAUGUUGGAGUUGGUACACGUUUGGAAUUUAGUAGAAGUCAACAGCAAUUCACUGUGUAUACAACAGCGACUGUAGCUUCGUCGUCAAUCAAUGGUCCAACUUCACGAGUAUUUGUAUUCACAAGUCCUAUCAAUGCAAGUGUUGGAGAUUGGGCUUCGGUUGCUGAUACACCAACAUUGACUAUCAGAAAUUUAACCGUCGCAAACAAUCGAGCACGUGGCGUUCUUUUAAAAACACGAAAUAUUCAUAUGACACAUUCAUUAUUCAAUGGAACAAGUGGACCAGCAGUGCUAUUCGAGCCAUCCAUGUAUUGGCAUGAAAGUGUUGCGGCACAAAAUGUGAUACUCAGUCAGAAUGUCUAUAUCAACUGCAAUCAAGGAAUUGCAAAACAAAAAGGAGUGAUUUCUUUUGCACCAAAUCCACGUCAAUUGAUUCCAGUGUUCAUUGACGUUGUUGUACAGUCAUCGACAUUUCUAUUUGGAUCCUAUAGUGAAGGUUUGCUUCAAGGCAACAAUGGAGCUAAUGUAUCCAUCGGAGGGAAUUACAUAGUGACGAAUAGUUCAAUACCACUGAUUUCGAUCUGCAACAGUCAAAAUAUUUCUGCACACAACAAUACCGUUAUCAAUAAUCAAUUUACAGUUGAUCCUUAUUAUUAUGACAGUACAAAUCCUUGUCAAACAAAUUUAAGUAGUAUAAUUGAUCUGUUUCCAUCAGGUUUUAAUUCAUCGUUUCCUCCACCAGUGAUCACAACAAACUCAGGUGUUCUAGUUUACGAUCAUGGAGUUUAUACAAAUCUAUUCAACUCUAUGAAUCUUUCUAAUACUGAUUCAUUAUUAAACAUGAUCGGUUGA